GGAUAUAACGGUUUAUACCAAUAACCGUUGUUUAAACAGUUACCCAUACCUAUGGGUAUUUUGCCCAUCUCUAAAUGUGUUUGGCUAUAGGUUUAAAGGGAGAAGUGUAUGUUUGGAUGGAAGAACAUGAUGAACUUGAGCAAAAUUUUAUAUUACACAUGUCAUAAUUUUUUUGGGUCACUUAAGAGAGUGAGUAAAUGGGAUAGUAUUAUCCUUUGGGUCUCGCCUUUUUUUUAGCAAACUCUUUUCUAGUUGCAGAUGUAGUUGAAGUUCGUGACAUCAUGAUAUUUUUAUGUGACCUUCUUCUUUUUUCUUGGGGCCUAUGCCGAUUGUCGUUAAAUAAAAAAAGGGUAGAAGAGUGCCUAAGAAUAAACAUACGACUGGUAGGAGGACUAGGUCGAGAUUUGGGAGCUACAAGACCGGUUGUUGCGCUCCUGCCAAAUCAAACAAAAACCAACCAAAACGCACACGCUACACAUAUCCUUCGUUCCAUUGUCUUUCCUAACAACCUUCCACACUAAAUCACCAAUCAAGAACCCAAAAAAAGCACAAAAAUAUCAACAACAAAAAAAAAAGGGGUAAGUGGGAUUUCAGAUUAACGAACAAAAAGCAAAAACUUUGAUCCUCCCAUGCUUCCAAAUUUGCAAAGAAAGUUGCCAAAUUUCCAAAAGGGUUCUUGUUUUUUUGGUCGAAUUCAAAAGGGUUGUUUCCAUUUUCCUUAAUUUAUCAAAUUUUGUUGUGUGAAUAAUAGUGGCAUUGUAGAGGGAGGGGAUCGUGGAGAUGGAAGCAAAAGAUGGAGCCUCAAAUCCAACCUCCUCUACCAAAAAGAAAUCCAGAAAACCCAAAUAUUCCAAGUUCACACAGCAAGAGCUUCCAGCUUGCAAACCAAUUUUAACACCAGCGUCGGUCAUUUUAAUAUUUGUCGCCAUCGGCAUUGUCUUUAUACCAAUUGGACUUGCUUCCUUAUUUGCAUCAGAGCGUGUGGUGGAAAUCGUCCACCACUAUGACAAAGAUUGCAUUCCUCUUAAAUAUGCAGAUAAUAUGCUUGCAUACAUUCAGAGUAGUAAAACUAACAAGACAUGCGUUAGGAAACUCACUAUACCGAAACAAAUGAUCCCUGUUUACAUUUACUACCAGCUUGAUCACUUCUAUCAGAAUCAUCGCCGGUAUGUUAAAAGUAGAAGCGACAAACAACUGCGGAGCAAGUCCUAUGAAAAUACAACAGAUGACUGUGCUCCUGAACGCUAUACAGCAAAGGGUGUAAUUGUUCCAUGUGGUCUCGUUGCAUGGAGUUUGUUUAACGACACAUACAAGUUUUCAGUGAAUAACAAACAACUAGGAGUCAGCAAAAAGGACAUCACAUGGAAAAGUGACCAAAAGAACAAAUUUGGCUCAGACGUCUAUCCUAAGAAUUUUCAGAGCGGGGGUUUGAUUGGAGGAGCAAAACUGAAUUCUAGCAUACCUCUGAGUGAACAAGAAGAUCUUAUGGUUUGGAUGCGAACUGCAGCAUUGCCAACUUUCAGAAAACUAUACGGGAGAAUAGAAGUGGACCUUGAAGCCGAUGCUGUAAUAACUGUGACAAUAGAGAAUAAUUAUAACACUUACAGCUUCCGUGGCAAUAAGAAGUUGGUACUUUCAACCGCAAGCUGGAUUGGCGGAAAGAAUUAUCUACUAGGUGUGGCAUACCUUACUGUUGGUGGGCUGUGUUUGUUCUUGGCUCUAGCCUUCCUACUUCUCUAUCUGAUCAAGCCAAGGCCUCUUGGGGAUAUAUCGUACUUGUCUUGGAACAGGAGUGCAUCAGGAGGACACAUAUACUAGAAGUCUGUCCAUGCAUCUUAGUAUCUGCUUUGAUCUUUUUGGGGACAAUCUUUUUAGCCAUUAGGCUGGCCAGAUCGAGAUUUCUAUAUGUUUUUCUUGCAUCUUUUGCUUUGUUUUGUUAUUUAUAGAUCUUUAAAACGACCAAUUUGUGUAAAUAUUGUAUUGCAGUUGUGUAUCAUAUGAAUUUCAAGCAAUGACAUUGCAUAGAUUUUACGUUUUGGACGAA